AAAUUAAGAGGCAACCAUGGAAGAAGAAGGACCAGCAGAGGCAACCAUUGAUUUCGUGCCAGCCUUGUGUUUUGUACCACGCGGCAUUGCCAAAGAGCGUCCGGAUAAAAUUGUAUUGACCCAAGAGGAGUUGGCCCGGGUGAUUAAAGAAACCAAAGAUCGUUUGGACAGUGAUGGUGAACAUGAAGAUGAUGAUGAUGACGACGGCGAUGAGAAUGAAACUGGUAUGGAGGUAGAUAAUGAAAACGAAGACGGAGAUGACGAUGAGAAUAUUGAUGAAGAUGAUGAACGGGCUGAGACACGCAGCAUUAACGAUGAAUUUGGCUUUGAACAAUACGAUGCCGAGGGUAAUGUCCGAGUGGCUGAUAUUGGAAAUAUUGUCGAUCCUGACCAUCAAUUACCCGAUGAAGAUGAUGAUUCCGAGGCAGAAGAUGAAAUUAUUAAACCCACAGAUAAUCUUUUGCUUGUGGGCCAUGUUCAAGAUGAUGCCGCCAAUAUGGAAGUGUGGGUUUUCAACGAGGAGGAAGAAAGUCUCUAUACCCACCACGAUUUCUUGUUACCCAGUUUCCCGUUGUGCAUUGAAUGGAUGAAUCAUGAUCCGGGUAGUGAUAAACCGGGCAACAUGUGUGCCAUUGGUUGUAUGGAUCCGGUGAUUACUGUCUGGGAUUUGGAUAUACAAGAUUCCAUAGAGCCCACCUUCAAAUUGGGUUCCAAGGGUAGCCGUAAAAAGAACAAGGAAGCAUUUGGCCACAAGGAUGCCGUAUUGGAUUUGUCCUGGAAUCGUCAUUAUGAACAUAUUUUGGCUUCCGGAUCGGUGGAUCAAACUUUGAUUCUGUGGGAUAUGGAUGAGGGUCAGCCCCAUACCACCAUUACAGCCUUUGAGGAAAAAGUCCAUUCCAUUGAAUUCCAUCCCAGUGAGGCUCAAUGCAUAUUAACGGGUAGUGCUGAUGGUGUGGUACGACUCUUCGAUUGUCGUGAUCCAGAAUUUGUUAAUGCCUCAUUUGUUAAAUGGUCGACACCGGGCGAGGUAGAAAAGGUGCUAUGGAAUUGUACAGAUCCUAACUACUUCAUUGUUGGCUCCAAUGAUGGUUCGCUGCAUUAUGCCGAUAAGAGACAGGCUAAAAAGUUGCUGUGGUCUUACAAGGCCCAUGAUGAAGAAAUUUCCGGCAUUUGCUUUAAUUCGGAAGUUAAGAAUCUUUUGACCACCACCUCAACAGAGGGUUAUUUGAAAAUCUGGAAUUUCAAUGGCACCGAAAUUAAACCCGUCUACUCACAUGACUUCCAAAUGGGCCGUUUGCAGUGUAUGAAACAGUGUCCCGAGGAUCCCUUCACAUUGGCUUUUGGCGGCGAGAAGCCACCUCGUUGUCGGGUAUUUAAUAUUAAAAAUUUCGAGGCAGUGCGACAAGUCUUCGGGGUUGGUGGUGAGGCUCAAGAAUAG